AGAAAUGCUUAUCAUGCUUUUUGCUAUGAUUAUGUGUUGCUUAUCUAGUUUCUCGAUUUCUCUAGAUAUGGGUUCUUGGGAAGAGCUAGCUAGGCAAUUUUUGUUGGAGGAAGAAGAAGACGAUGAGGAGUUUUUUUUAUUCUUCUCCCUGCUAUACUUCCAUUCAUCUCUGAAGAGAAAAGGUCUAUCCAUACCUCCUCUCUCUCUGGUGCCCAGAAGGUUAAGGAGAUUCUUGAAGGGCAUGAGAGUUGGUGCAAGUCCGAGUUUCGAAUGGAGCCAGAAAUAUUUAGAGCCACAUCAGAUUUCCUUAGAAGAGAGGGUUUGUUACGUGACACACGAGGAGUUAAAGUUGAAGAGCAGCUUGGGAUGUUCAUGUAUAUGAUCUCCCACAAUGCCAGUAACCAAAUGCUUCAAAAGGCUUUCCAACACAGUGGAGAGACUAUCCAUCGAAAAAUAUCAGAAGUUUUCGAUAUAGUUCCCACUCUAACUCAGCGGUUCGUGAAGCUUCCCAAUUCUAUCCAGACACAUCCAAAAAUUAUAACAGAUUCUAGGUUCAUGCCCUUUUUUCAGGUGACCUAUCAAUAGUAAACAUGAUUUCCUUAGUUUUUCCCUUUAACAUGCCCUAAACUUCCUCUCCUUUUAUACAGAAUUGCAUUGGAGCAAUUGACGGAACCCAUGUACCUAUCACCAUUGCAGAAGAUAAGGCUCCUCCUUACCGAAAUAGGAAAGGGUCACUUUCACAAAACGUGAUGUUGGCAUGUGACUUCGAUCUGAAUUUUAUAUUUAUUUCAUGUGGGUGGGAAGGCUCAGCCUCAGAUGCAGGGAUCCUUCGAUCCGCUAUCAGUAAAGGGUUCAGUGUGCCAGAAGGAAGAUUUUAUCUUGUAGAUGGUGGGUAUGCAAAUACAUCAUCCUUUAUUGCCCCAUACCGAGGAGUUAGGUAUCACCUUAGCGAGUUUAGAAGGCGUCGUUCAUCACAAGCUAGUUAUGUGAACUAUAAAGAGCUAUUCAACCAUCGUCAUGCCAUUCUUCGCAACCACAUCGAAAGAGCCAUUGGUGUUCUGAAGAAAAGGUUUCCAAUUCUCAAAGUAGGCACAUUUCAUCCUAUCCAAAAUCAAAUCAAGAUAGCAGCAGCAGCUGUUGAUUUUCACAACAUAAUUAGAGGGCAAAAUGGUGAUGAAGGUUGGCUUGACCACCAACCAGAUCAUAUAUCUCCAAGCCAGUAUGUUGAAGUCCCAGAGGGAGACAACAACUAUCCCAAUGAUAUGGACUCAAGUGAUGGAAGCAACCUGAGAGAUCAGAUUGCUCUCCAAAUGUGGGCUGCCUACAAUAGUUAGUAUAGGAUCUCUUAUAUUUAUUAUAUAGUAAUAAAGACUUAUGUUUUAUUAUGUAGUAGUAAAGUCUUUUGUUUUAUUAUGUAGUAGUAAAGCCUUUUGUUUACUAUGUUUUGUUGAAAAAUAUAGCCAUGGCAAAGAAUGUUUCUAGGGCAGCUUGGAACACUGUGUAUGAGAAAGGUCUGGUUGAUGUGCUCCUUGAACAUAAGGACAACCCAAAGUUCAAAAGUCAAAAUGGUUGGACUGCUGAGGGAUGGAACAGUAUCACAAACAAGUUCAAUGAGAGGUAUCCUCUUGCCCAUUACUCCAAACAGCAAAUGCAAGACAAAGAUAAGGAGCUUAAAUCUCAUUACAAGGCAGUAAGAGAUUCAAGGAAAGAAAGUGGGGUGGGUUGGAAUGAUUCCCUAUGUAUGAUAGUGGCUGAGCCAGAACUUUGGGAAAAGCUCAUCCUUGCUCACCCAAAGGUAGCGAAGUACCAAAAGAAGCCAUUUCCAUUGUACUACUCUUUGGAAAGCCUGCACGAAGGUAGUGUGGCUACAGGAGAUUUGAAUUUCACAUCCACUCAGCAAAUGCCACCACCUUCUUUCAUUCAUGUUCGUCCUCUUACUGCCCCUCCUGGUGGCCCUCUUGCUGCCCCUCCUUGUGGUCCUCUUGCUACAGCUUCCGCUUCUGCUACUGCUCAUUCGAACAGGAGUACCUCUGAACAAAGCCACUCUCCCUUACACCCCCACACAAACCCAUUCUCCAUGGAAUGGCAAGAAAUAUCAAAUGAAGCUCAAUCAAGACGUGUAGAAGGUGGAAAUGGGAGAAAGCGCAAGCAAAGCCAAAUUGGAGCAGCCAUUGAAAGUUUUGUGGAUUUUAAGAGGAGUGCCACAUCCAAAACGCUCGAAGGUAUUGAAGAAGUGUCUAUGGAAAAAUGUCUAGACAAGUUGGAUAGAAUUGAUGGGUUCACUGAUGAGGAUAGAUCAUAUGCAAUGGAGGUCUUUGAAUCUGCGAUAAACAGAGAGGUGUUUAUGAAGUCAAAAAACCACAAUGCUAGAUUACUUUGGUUGAAGAGGAAAAUUAGUGUGUUAAGUGGAAGCAACACAUGAAGCGGACAUGGAGAAGGAAGCUGGCAUGACACUAAAACGCAUAAAGUUGACAUGUGACGUUCAUGUUUUAGAUGUCUUAUUCUACUGCCAAACUUCAUAAUACUCCAUUUUUAUACUAUAUUGUCUAUCUGUACGUGUGAAUGGAGAUGAUGAUAUUAUGUGAUGUGAUGAUGGAUGGAUUAGCUUCGUUGAAUAUUAGAUGAUAUUAUGUGAUGAUGA